UCACACAUGAACAAAUAUUCAUUCAUUUCACCUAAACCACAUAGCUACAUAUCAGCCAACAAUUAAGUUAAGAAAAUGUUCCGAACAUUGUGCCGGACUGGCGGUGCCCUUUUAAUGCAUUCCCAGAGAACAGUGCCCACAGUCCCAGCGUUGUGGGCGACACAAGCCCAGCAGCGAUGGGCGUCCAGUCUGCCCAUGAACACUGUGGUUCUGUUUGUGCCACAACAAGAAUCCUGGGUUGUGGAAAGGAUGGGCCGCUUCCAUCGCAUCUUGGAGCCGGGCUUGAAUUUCCUAAUACCAAUACUGGACAAAAUUCGUUAUGUGCAAAGUCUUAAAGAGAUAGUUAUUGAUGUCCCAGAGCAGUCUGCGGUCUCUUUAGAUAAUGUGACACUACAGAUAGAUGGAGUCCUCUAUCUUAGGAUAUUGGAUCCUUUUAAGGCCAGCUAUGGAGUUGAGGACCCAGAGUAUGCUGUCACCCAACUUGCCCAGACCACCAUGCGGUCAGAGCUGGGGAAACUGACCCUGGACAAAGUAUUCAGGGAAAGAGAGACCCUUAAUACCAACAUAGUGCACUCCAUCAACCAGGCGUCAGAUGAUUGGGGAAUCCGUUGCCUUCGUUAUGAAAUCAAGGAUAUACAUGUUCCACCACGUGUCAAAGAGUCCAUGCAGAUGCAGGUGGAGGCAGAGCGUAAGAAGAGAGCCACUGUGCUGGAGUCUGAAGGUCACAAGGAAGCAGCCAUUAACGUUGCUGAGGGUCGCAAGCAAGCUCAGAUCCUGGCCUCGGAAGGACAGAAAACAGAACAGAUCAACAAAGCAGCUGGUGAGGCCAAUGCUGUCUUAGCCAAAGCAGAGGCCAAAGCUAAGGCUAUCCGGCUGUUGUCAGACGCUCUAGCUGAACAGAAUGGAAAUGCUGCAGCCUCCCUCAGUGUGGCUGAGCAAUACGUCUCCGCUUUCUCCAACCUGGCCAAAGAGUCCAACACCAUCCUGCUGCCCUCCAACUCUGGUGACAUCAGUGGCAUGGUCACACAGGCUAUGACUAUUUAUGGCAGCCUGGCUAAGCAGAGCUCCAAAAAGUUAGAAAGUGUGUCCCCAGAGUGGGCCAUGGAGAAGAGUGAGGAGCUUGUACCACCAGCCCCGUAGUGAAUGACGUCAAGACCACUCAAAGCAGUCACCGAACCGGAAGCAGUGCCAGACAACCAUGAGGCGCCAAGGCAUUGUUGCCUGGUUAGCACCACCACUGUCUGGCCCAAAGGACACACUAUCUGUUGCCGAUUGAAGGACAUUGAAACAGGAACAGGAGAAGAACGUAAAGACUUGCUUAGAGGCCUGGAAACAUCAACCCAUUUGGGAGGAUUCAUGUCACUUACACAUUGUUUAAUUUUGAUUGAGUGUUAUUGCACACAUUACCUACAUAUGUUCCAAUUACAAAUCCACAAGCUGUCAUCUUGGUACUCUUCUCUUGCAUCAAAUACCAAAUGACUGCGAUGAUGGGUAUGAUAGUAACUUAUGGUAAACUAGUAACCUGAUUUAAAGCGUUCUGUUUAAGUGCUGUAUUGUUGUAUUUUAUAUUUCCAACUAUUUGUCCUUCAUAUGUUUUCAUUUCAUAGUGUCAUGAAUGUUUUACUUCAUGUGAGAGCUUGUGACCUGACAUUAAGAUCCUCCCAGGGUCAGAGCAAGCAGAGGAAGGAAUAAAGGUCAGGUAUUUGAAUAGUUUGGAUGCAAUCUCCCCUGGAAUACUUUCAAUUUGGCUGCAUUUAGACGGGCAGACCGUUCUGAUCUUUUUUCUACUAAUUGGUAUCAGAUCACAUCAGACCAAUCACAUCAGAUCUUUUUCAGAGCUGAUCUGAUUGGUCAAAAGACCAAUUAAUGAAAAGAAUGAUACCUGUGUAAAUUAUAAACUACAUCAAGUUAAGUCACCAAAAGUACUUGUAAGAAAAUGACCUUGGAUGGAAAUAUAAUUGUUGAAGUGGAAUGUUUUGGAGGAAGGUUUUGCAUAACAUAGCAAGUUUAUUGAUUUAAAUGGCCAAUAUACCAAUAAUGGUCAACCAUUAUUAUACUUUCACUAUUAAAGGAAUUGUGAUUGACUUUAGGGACGAUUGUAACACCUCAUCACAAUAAAUCUUGGUUGCGAAAA